UCAUUUAAUCCACAACCUCCCUCCAGAAACAACAUCCUUGGAGUCAGAAUCACAGAAAUUUAAAGGCGGGAAGGAUGAAUGCCUCACUUAAAGGUGACACUGAUGAUAAAAAUCCAUUCAAGAAUUUAGAUGUGACAUCUGCAGCAGGUUCAAAUCUCCCAGCUAUAAGACAAACUGGAUACUUCAUAAGAAUUGCCAUCUAUUAUGCACAGAGAGCCAAAAUCGGUUACUGAAAUUGUCUGUGUGGUCUGCUUGCUGAGUCCAGUGAUGCACUAGUAGACAAAGAAGUUGAAAGAGAAAUCUGGCGUAUUCUCUGGAUGACUGGCAGAGUUUGACACCAACAUGGCAGCAAGCCCUACUGUGAUUCCAAGGACUUCAUGACUAAAUAAAAAGAAAAGUGAAAAAAAAAUUGGUCGUGCUUCAAGAAGACUGCAGGGAAGAACACAUUUUCUUCUUGCCGCAGAAGUUGCAGUAGAAAUUUGAAUCCAGCAAUGAGUAUUCUCAUCAUUGAGGCGUUCUAUGGAGGCUCCCAUAAACAGCUGGUGGACCUGCUCCACGAAGAGUUACAAGACUGUGUCCUUUACACCCUUCCUGCAAAGAAAUGGCAUUGGAGAGCGCGGACUGCAGCUUUGUAUUUCUCUCAGAAUGUCCCCAUCAGUGAGCAUUACAGGUCUGAAGGUUCCAGUCGAAAGCCUGGAGCUCACUGCAGUGUCCCAAAUGAGCCUGACCUGGAGGCUGAGGGGUCUGUGCUGGAAGCCGGGAGAUGUCUUCCAAGGUGGAGGAUCCUCUUUGCAAGCUCAGUGCUUAACCUGACCGAACUGGCUGCCCUUCGGCCUGACCUUGGGAAAUUGAAAAAGAUCCUCUACUUCCAUGAAAACCAAUUGGUGUAUCCUGUCAAGAAAUCUCAGGAGAGGGAUUUUCAAUAUGGAUACAACCAAAUUCUUUCAUGCUUGGUGGCUGAUGUGGUUGUAUUCAACUCGGUUUUUAAUAUGGAGUCGUUUCUCACUUCCAUUGGGAAGUUUAUGAAGCUGAUUCCUGAUCACAGACCCAAGGAUCUGGAAAACAUCAUCAGACCCAAGUGCCAAGCUGUUUACUUUCCCAUCAGGUUUCCCGAUGUGAGCAGAUUCAUGCCCAAGCACAAAAUAACCCAUUUAAAGAAGAUGCUCAGCCUGAAAGGAAAUGGCAGUGCUGCUCUAUCCAUGGCCCUUCCUUCGCAACCGGAGCAGAGAACUCCCGAGAAUGUAUCGGAGGAUUUUAAUGUAGUGUACAGUGUACAUUCCAAUCUUCACAUUGCGCAGGAAAACCUGGAGAACUCAUCAGUGCAAGGGGCAGACUUGGAACAUGCAAACUCGUCAGAUAAUUCAAGAUCUCAUCGUGGAGAAAUUGCACAACAUCUGCCUCUUAAUUCCUUUGACAGUUUGGGUGGAGUCGAUGAUCAGCAAAGACCGUUGCACAUUGUCUGGCCUCACAGGUGGGAGCAUGACAAAGAUCCAGAGGGGUUUUUUAAGGUAUUAAUACAUCUAAAGAGCUUAGGACUCAAUUUCCACGUCUCCGUUCUUGGAGAGACUUUUACAGACGUCCCAGAUAUAUUUUCAGAGGCCAAAAAGGCAUUGGGAUCUUCGGUCCUACACUGGGGCUACUUACCCUGCAAAGACGACUAUUUCCAAGUACUGUGCAUGGCUGAUGUUGUCAUCUCAACAGCUAAGCAUGAAUUCUUUGGAGUGGCAAUGUUGGAAGCUGUAUAUUGUGGUUGUUACCCACUUUGUCCCAAAGAUUUGGUUUAUCCUGAAAUAUUUCCAGCUGAAUAUCUGUAUUCUACACCUGAACAGCUUUCAAAAAAGCUCCAGAAUUUCUGCAAAAGACCAGAUAUUAUAAGAAAACAUCUCUAUAAGGGUGAAAUGGCUCCGUUUUCCUGGGCAGCCCUACAUAGUAAAUUCAGGUCUCUGCUUUCAACAGAACCUAGGGAAGAUUUGUGACAGAUGGGCUAAGUCACAAACUUGCAGCCUAAGGCAGAAUCUGAAGAACUUUCCAGAGUGUGCCCAUAUUUACCUGAUCAGAGAGAAGAGAAAAUCUGCAGAGGAAGCCGUGCCUGGCUGCCUGUCAUAGCUGACACAAAGCCAUCUGCCACAAACCUGUGGCGGCUUCAGAUCUCCAGUCCCUGCCACCACCCCAACUCAAAUUAAAUACAGAUUCCUAGAGAGGUUAUGAUGGUUACACAUGUCCUCGGCAUCACAUGUAGGAGACUGUUCAAAAAAAAAUAUGUGGCCUGUUGUAUAACUGCACUCAUGUAUCCCAUAUGCGGUGCCACAUUGAAUUUCCGGUGGAAUCCGUUUUUAUCCUUUGUACUGGAUGACAUGGUGCCUGAAUUCUUUCUUUUCGCCGACACGAUGGCAGCCAAACUGCAGCUUCAAACGCUCACACUUGGCUGGGUUUCUACCUAGGUUGCCAGGUUAUCAUCGGAGCCUUCUUGUGUCCUCAAAGGGCCACAGGGCCUGCAAGGAGGAUCAGAAUGCUACCGGGCUAAUUGGGCAGCUGUCUCAGAAUUGUGUGUGGGCAAAGGGCUGCUUUAGCACUUUUCUUUGAGCAAAUUAAUGACUCUCUGGCACAGGAGUUUGUAAGUGAAGGUAUUAAUAAGAGGUCUGGCAGGUAUUCCCAUGAUUCACAGAGUUACAUUUGCAUUUAAUUAAUCUUAAAGAAAGUUGCAAGAUAAACAGCUGUAAUUCGGACAAACAUAGCAAAUCCAGUCAGUGCAGCCAUCUCGCCUAUCAAAAAAUGAACACUGAGAUAUGUUUUGUUCAGUUUUUCCUACAGAUAAAAAUAGAGAGAUCAAAAUCCUUCUCAGAAAGCCAGUAAUUUUGGUACAAAUUUUCUUCAAAGAUAUUUGCAUUCUGCUACAAGUAUAACCUUUUCAAGAUAAAUCACUUACGAUUCCAAUAGUCAAACUGCUGUAUUUGUUGAUAUAACAAUGUUUUGAACAGCUAGAUUGUGAAAUAAAUUUUUAAUACAGUGCCCACUGCAAUUUUUAAUUAGCGUAUCCAUUUACAUAUAAGCAUGUACAUCUCUCUGUAUGUUUCUCACUGAAUGUUUUCCAUGUGUCAGAGACAACGAAUACAAUUGUUUCUUUUCUGGAUGAACAAGGAUCUGUUUUGCAAAUGUUUGUAAGAUAUUAUGACAUUUCCAAGAAUUUCUUUGCAUUCUGCAAAGCAGGAGGUAAACAUUUGUAGUCAUUAAGGUAAAGUCUGUUGAUAAACCAUCUUCUGUUUACUGACAGGUAAAUUGUAACUUUCCUAGCUCUUCAAAUGAAUAAGUUCACUACUCCACAGAGUGAGAAUCAGCCAGGGAGAGGUGGGUAGACAAAUGCCAGCCCUGACUGUCAGGCUUCUAGAAGGACCAAGUGGUCUAGCAAGCACUGCAGAUGGCAUGGGCAGUGGCAUUUCAGGCCAAAGGGACCCAUUUGAGGGUAGCAAAAUCACAAGCAGGAGAUAGACAAAGAUUAGGGAGCUAGACAUAGCUCUUGGGAUAGAGAAAGUCUUGCGGAUUAAGGCAAGUAGGAGUGUAGAAUUCAUGAGGCCUGGGAAUUUUAAAACAGGAAAAAGAAAGAAGCAAAAACAAACAAUGCUAUUGCUCUUCUCCCCAUCCAAGAGGAGCUCCAUCGUCUACGAUGGGCCUUACAGUCUUUGCUUACUGAGAAAUCAUUGAACAAAUUAUUUUCUUACUCAUACAACAAAGGGCUUGGGAACUAGUUCAGAAGUCACUUCCUGCUCAAAUCUCUGGAGCUUGGGAUCUACGGGGGGUUGUGGGGGAGGGUGCACCAUUUGAGAGCAGAGCUGAAGAUAUGAGUGUGGAUAGAAUGCUCACUGACACUCCCUUGGGGCAAGGUUAUACUUUAUGCCCUCUAGUAAAAUGAACCAAUCAGAAAUGUGCUGUACUAUAGAAGAUAUCUUCUCAAGAUAAUGUAAAUCUCACAGCCAAGAAAUGGUAUUAAAGUUUUACUAUGUUUUUCUAUCCUGAAAAUAGUGGGCUCACAUUUUAUGCUAGAUAAGAUCUUAUAUGAACAACAACUAUCCAUAUGUUUCCUCACUAACUGAUAGGCAAAAAAAAAGAGAAAACAUUAACUAUCUUUCAGAGGCUACAUCCAAAACAUUUAAAUAUUUUUCUGAUUUUGGCAAAUAAAAUAUUGAAAGCUCC